UUUUUAUUAUAAGAUGGAAAAAAUUGCAAUGUUAUGGGCCAGUGCCUGAUGUUAACGGGAUCAUGCACUCGGUCCAGCCCAAUCUAGCAGCCGGCCGUCUUUCAGGUUUGGUACUCAAAGCCUGCAUUCUUCGGACUCGUAUUUCAGGCGCCCUUUUUUCGAUCGACAGUCGACUGGCCGCUAUCUCUCGCGCUUUUCGCGAGGAUGAUGUUAAAGCGGAGUUAGUGUUCGAAUCGCACAUAAACUGUUUGGAAGUGUGAAUGGUCGAUGUGAUAAAAGUAUUGUUUCCCGAUUGAUUUUUUAAUUUCAUUUAUCUGCGAUGCGAAGCUCUUCGUUACGAACAUUAAGGACCAUUGCUGGAUCUGCGAAAAAUUUUCUCGCUAGUGCUUCGCCGGCGGUUCGACAAUCUUCUCGUUCCUAUUUUGCUAAUGUGAGUCUUGAGAAACUGCAAAAGGAAGCUAUUCCUUGUGAUUUCCUCAAAUGGUGUUCGAUUGGUUUCUUUCGGACUUCAAGAUUCGCUUCGGGGUUCGCCCCUCUGCAACAAAAGCCGUUGGAUUCGAUUAUGGAUAUGGAGAGGGCGAAAGAUCGGUCACCGGAGGACCUCGCUUCCAUCUGGGAUGAUUAUCAUUUGGGAAGAGGUCAUAUUGGGGCAUCCAUGAAAGCUAAACUAUAUCAUUUAUUGGAACAACGAGCAUCAGAUUGCCGACACUUCGUCAUUCCUUUGUGGCGUGGAAGUGGUUAUACUACCAUGUUUGUUCAAGUUCAAAUGCCGUAUAUCCUUUUGACUGGCCUUGAAGAUUACAAGGCAAGAGGAACUCAAGCAGCUCCCUACUUCACCGUGGCCUAUUACAAAGAAUUUGCAGAGAGUAAGGACCUAGUGCUUAUUCGAGGUGAUAUUGUGUUUACAAGUAAGCUCACCGACCAGGAGGCAGAAUGGCUUUUAGAGACCACACAAUCCUUCUAUCUGAACGAUGCUCGGUACAAGCUGGUUGAACAGUUUAACAAACAAACACGUGAUUUUGAGUUCAAGGAUGUCUUACAAGCACUGGAAAUGCCCAUUUUAUGAUUUCUGCGGAGCUUAGCAGGAAAUAGUGCCUUCUUGAAGGUAAUAAUAAGAAAUUUAGGAAAACAUGACCAGCCUUUGUAAGGCUAUUAUUUAUAGCUCCUCAUAACUUUGUCUGAUUGGGUGAAAAUUGGAUUAUGAGAUCCAUUUUUUUUUUCUUUUAAAUUUAAUUUAUAAUUUUUGAGUUAUUUAA